AUGCAAAGAGACUUCAAACUUCGGACUCGUCGUGAUCAAGACUUUAUUUCCCAACCCGACCCUGCAUCUCAUAACUUAUCCAAAGGCUCAAAAUCAUUCAAAAAGCUUCCAAGUAUCUCAACUUCUGAUGAAAAGAAAAUAAGCCACGACUUAUUAAGAUCUUCCACAAUUCCUAUGAAUUCUCCAUCAUCUCCAUGCUUACAAAUCCCUAUCAAAAAUGAAAUAGGAAAAUUAAAAACCUUACUUCCCCUCUGUGAGUUAACAAAACCAUUGGGAAAUCAAGAUUGUUUGGGUAUUUAAAAAAUUUUUAUUAAAAAAAUAUUUUGAUAUAUAAAUGAUACUUAUUAUAAUGAAAUCUCUAGCUAAUUCUGUUUAAUUUUAAACAACUUGCAUUUUAAAACAUAAAUUUUGUAAAUUGAAUUAAUGUUUGCUUUCCAAUUUUGCAAAUUGGGAUUUUUUUAAAAUUUCGAAAAACAAAUUUCUAUAAUAUAUAUACUCCCUCAGCAAUAGCUGUUUAUGGUGAGGGUAAAACUGUAUAUAAAUUUUAAAAAAACAAAUUAACCCUACUCUGUUAGGAAACAAAAUUUUUUUGUUCUCUCAUAAAGGGGGAGUUAGAAACAUCUCAAAUUAAUGUAAAUUUCAUAUAGAAAAUUUCUGAAUUAAAAAGAAAAAUAAAUCAGCAAAAAGAAGAAGUAAAGCAGCUUGAAAGAGAGAAUGAAAAUUUAAGAGUAUUUUUAAGCAAUUUAUAUAGAAAAAAAAAAUUGACUGAUAAUAGAUUUUCAUAUUAAAUCAAUCAAAAACAGCAUAAUUGACUAUGAGCACAGAGUUUUGCCGCUAUCCCUUCAAAACGAAAUGAUAAUAAGAGCUUUCCAACUGUCACAAUUACAAGCCCAAAUAUAUGAAGACCAAAUAAAUCAGCUAGAAGAGGAGCUUGAAGAUCAUAAUUACUGAAAUUUCAAUGAAAAUGAAGACAUUCAUGCAGAAUUAACCGAAGAAGAAAUAGAGGUAAAUUUUAAAUAGAAAAUUCCAAUAUUUAUUGCUGACUCAAAUUAUAUUUGUUUGUGCUGCCAAUGUGACAUACCUGAAGAUUCAGUUGCUAAAAGACUCCCAAACUGUGGACAUUAUUUUCAUCUGGAUUGCAUUGAUAACUGCCUGAGACACCAAGGUUGCUGCCCAAUUUGUUAUACAAUAGCAAUUUAG